AUGAGCAGCAUUAAAAGGGCCUGGUGGCAGCAGUGGACAGACACCAACAUCAGACCUUUGUCCAUCUUGAGGACUCGGCAUGAGCCAUACAACAGGCAGGAGGAACAAGUACUCAUCAGUCGCCAAGAUGUCAACAGUAACACGGAUGCUUGGGACUUGCAGGAGUUCAUCACUCGCAUAUAUGUUAAACAGCUGCUCCAGCACCCAAACUUCCAGCUGCUGCUGGCCUUGCUGUUGGUGACCAACGCCUUCACCAUUGCUCUCCGCACCAACUCUGUCCUCGGCCAGAAACAUUAUGAGUUGUUCUCUACCAUAGAUGACAUUGUGCUGACCAUCCUUAUCUGUGAGGUUCUCCUUGGCUGGCUCAAUGGCUUCUGGAUUUUUUGGAAGGACGCCUGGAACAUUCUCAAGUUUGUUAUCGUCUUUAUCUUGCUCCUGGGGUUCUUCGUUCAAAGACUUAGAGUCGACUCUAUUACCUACACCCUCAGGCUGCUUCGUCUAAUACAUGUGUGCAUGGCGGUGGAGCCCCUGGCCCAGAUCAUCAAUGUCAUCGUGAAGUCUGUGCCUGAUGUGGCCAAUAUCCUCACCCUCAUCCUCUUCUUCAUGCUGGUGUUCGCCGUGUUUGGGGUCACACUCUUUGGUGCAUUCAUCCCCAUACAUUUCCAGAACAUGCAGGUUGCCCUGUACACCCUCUUCGUCUGCAUCACCCAGGAUGGUUGGGUGGACAUCUACAAUGACUUCCAGAUGAAGGAGAGGAAUUAUGCAAUGGAGAUUGGGGGUGCCAUCUACUUCGUCAUCUUCAUCACCCUUGGUGCCUUCAUUGGCAUCAACCUGUUGGUCGUCGUGGUGACUACCAACCUAGAACUGAUGAUGAAGGGAGGACAACGAAGGGAGCAGCAUCAAAUAUUCUUCAGUGAGACAGGCAAAAAGGAGGAAGAGGAUGGCGACCUGCCACUGGUGCACUACAGAGUUGUCAGGUUGGAGAAGUCUGGUCAACAUCAGGAACCGCUGGUUGGGGGGCCUCUGUCGAACCUCUCUGAGGCCACGUGCGACAACUUUUGUUUGGUGCUGGAGGCAAUACAGGAAAACUUGCUACAGUACAAGAAGAUACGAGAUGAGCUCAACACGAUUGUGAAUGAAGUUCGCGCCAUCCGCUUCAACCAGGAGCAGGAAGAGGAGACACUGCACAGGACCAUGUCCAAGAGCCUGCCGAACGAGAGCGGGACCUCAGAGGACAAUGUACACCACCAGCAAGACUUAAUCACUGCGCUCGUAAACAUGGAAAAGGUUCAGGAAUCCAGCACAAAUAUACUCCAUAAGAAAAAGGCCAGCCACUGA